CCUGCAGAAAACACAACUGGCAACCCAACAGAAGGCUGGACAAGUGACACCAGGCGGCUACGCUCAUUAGCAUAGCUAGCAAACAAUCGUUUCCUUCUGUAACUUUGCCAAGCCUCGUUCCGAAACCGGCUUCUUAACGUGGGACGACAGCUUUAUACUUAACUCGCGUCCACGGAACUGUUCUCCCAACGCCGUGUCGCGGUUGACACGCGGUCCGAUUGCCGCUGUUAGGAGUUCAACUUCAUCCUGCCUUUUUGGUGCGGCUAACUAGUAGCCGUAGCUUCGUGCGCUAGCGUGGCUAAAACCUUUGCUUGGUUCGGUCUUGGAGGAAGGGAGGAAGGAAGGAAACCGACAAGUGGGACCACUGCGCGCCGCUGCUUUUGCAAAGCUAGCACAAAACUUGGCCUCCCGAGUUCAGGCUGUGACGCAUGCAGGAACCCUGAAUAUUUCUCCAUCCCGUGUGAUCUUUAACAUUGUUUUGCUAAUAGGACGCGUCGUUACAUGGCUUAGCGAGCUGUCAACGGCGACGGUUCUCCGGCUAGCUGCUCAGCGGCUAGCACGCUAGCCACAAACUUCUGAAGGAGCCGAAAAAGUCUGCGUCAGCGUCUCCACUCCGCUUGUUCUUUCUCGGGUCACUAGUAAUCGGGCACGUUUGUUAUUUUCCCCCGACCCGCGGCCGCAGAAGCUUAUGGCAUCGGACGUGAUCGAGAGCGACGCGGUGCUGAGGGGUGCGACGUUGAGUGAUAUGAAUUUGAACAAUGGACGUCCAGACCGCGUCACACCCAGCGGGACUCACGGGCAGCCGGGGAGCAGGCGCGCGUCGAGCCCCUCGUCCUCUGGGGUGUCGGGAGAAGGCGACGACGAGGAUCUGGACGAACUGCAGCACAGCACCGCGUCUACGGUGGAAAAUGGCGAAGAGGCGCUCCAGGAGAGUCUGACCCACACAGGAGGCACGACUCCGAACGAUGGGCACUCACUGCCCGGGGCGAGGAGCUCCACACCGGUGCGCUUUCCCCAGCCACGCUCACCGCCUGGAGCCACUGGAAGCCUGGAGCACCAAGAGUCAGUCGACACGACAGAAGCCCGUCUAAGGAUGGAAGGAGUUGAACUGAAGGAAGAGUGGCAGGAUGAGGACUUUCCACGACCGCUCCCAGAGGAAGGGGAGCUCGAUGAUGACAUGUUUGCUGGUACCUCUGAAGAGCAGGACACCGGCUAUGGGAUAAACGAUGGCAAGAAGGCAAAGAGGAAGCUUGCAGCUCCAGAAAUCAGUCUGACCCUUGACCGAAGUGAAGGCUCUGUUCUCUCUGAUGAGCUGGAUGAAAGUACAGAGCUGGACCUCGAUGACAUUGACACACCCUCGGAAAACAGCAAUGAGUUUGAAUGGGAAGAUGAUCUCCCAAAGCCCAAAACCACAGAGCUGCUACAGAAAGGCGUGGAGUCGGUUCAGGAGUACUCGGCCUUGGAUGAGAGGGAGGAGGGUCGACGCUGGAGGGUGUUUCGUAUCGGAGAACAGGAACACAAAGUGGACAUGAAGGCCAUUGACCCCUACAAGAGAGUAAUCAGCCACGGAGGUUACUAUGGAGACGGUUUGAAUGCCAUAAUCGUGUUUGCUGUGUGUUUUAUGCCUGAAAGCAAUCAGCCAAAUUACAGAUACAUUAUGGACAAUUUAUUCAAGUAUGUCAUCGGCACACUGGAGCUUUUGGUUGCGGAGAACUAUAUGAUUGUUUAUUUGAAUGGGGCUACCUCUCGGAAAAAGAUGCCGACUGUGGGCUGGCUCAGGAAGUGUUAUCAGCAGAUUGACAGGAGGUUAAGAAAGAACUUGAAGUCGUUGAUAAUUGUCCAUCCAUCUUGGUUCAUCCGCACCCUGCUGGCACUCACUAAACCCUUCAUAAGCUCCAAAUUUAGUCAGAAAAUCAAGUAUGUUUACAGCUUGAGAGAUCUGGCAGAGCUGGUUCCAAUGGAAUAUGUGUCCAUACCAGAUUGUAUCAAGCAGUUUGACGACGAAAAAAAUAGGAAAGGCCAUACAAGAAUUGACCAGGACAUGAAUAAAAAAGUAGAAACGGCAGCUGCUGCAGUUCCAGAGUGACCCAGCUUGCACCGUGGCCUGAGGAGGAGGAGGAUGAAGAAUGUGUGGAACUGCAUUGGCCCAUGUGUUGAUGAUGUGGGCGACGUGACUGGAAAUUUGGCUUUUCGUAUCAGGAAAAGUACCUUUGUUGAAACCAUGCUGCCUGUUACAUUGCAGAAUGUGUUGCUGUAUUUGUGUGACAAACAGCUCAAUGGUCUGAUUCACAUGCUGUCUGAAAUGUUUUUAAUCCUUUUUAUUCACUGCAGGUAUCAAACGUAGCCUAAUGGUAUUCCCUAGUUACUGUUGUAUCGACACAUUAUUUAAGGCACUGUGUUACAAAUGGUUGGUGCAUGUUUGCUUUAUUACAUUUAAAUAUAUAUUUAUAUUCAAAACAUGACAAAGAAAUUAAUAUAUUUUUAUGGUUGCUCAAAUUUUAAACUGCAUUUUAGGUCACUGACCCACUGAGUGACAUUUAGAACAAGUUUUGACAUCACAAUUUUUUUCACUGUUCACUGCUGAUGUUCUCUGAUUAAAAAAAUCCUGCCUGGGGAAAAUAAAGUCAUAUUUUCUGUCUCUCA